CGUAAGUGAAAGUGUCAAGUGAUAUGUCAUUGUCAUUGAUCAUUCGCUAUAAAUUUUUUUAUUAUUUUUAUCCGUAAUAAUUGCGUUUAACAUUAUUUGUUCAUAAAAAAAGAACAAAAGCAUUAUGAAUCCAAUUUUGGGGCGUUCUUCGCCAAUCUUAAAAUGUAUCCCUGGCAAGAUCAAUUAUACUGCAAUUCGUUGCAUAACCAAUAAAAUUCAAGAUAUACCCAUUCACACAGGCCAAAAAUGGGAUUCUAAUGACUAUCGUCUCGUCCGUUUCACUAAUGCUCCCAAACAAGUCAAUACAAAUUGGGCAGUUAAUCUAAUUGCAGAAGUCCCACCGAAAGAAGUGACUGAAAGGGUUGUAUGGUGCGACGGUGGAAGUGGUCCUGAAGGGCAUCCUCGUGUUUAUAUUAAUCUGGACAAACCUGGGAAUCAUUCAUGUGGCUAUUGUGGAUUACGCUUUGUGAAGAAAGAACACCAUUAAUAAUAUUUUUUUUAUUGUAGUAGGUACCAAUAAAUGAAAUGUAUGUAAAGAAUAUGAUCUAAUAAUAAAUGUUGUUAGUUUAA